UAUGCUUCCAAUAGACACCGAUACUGUCGCUAGUGUCGCUGAGGAGGAUGAAUUACGCGCCAAAAUAAUUCAAAAUAUCUGCAAUGGAGAUCGAGUUUUCUUCAAAAGUCAGCAAAUUGAUGAUCCUGAUUUGACAAUGGAAGAAAAAGAGGAAAUUGUGAAAGAAUUAUUUAGCAAGAAAGAUUCUCUCUUCCUGGCUCGCUUUGGCAAUCAUAUUGACAUUGAGAAUUUGGUGUAUUUUGAGGAAAAACAGUACUCAGGGGAUGAAGAAUACAUUGUGAAGCAGCACCUGGAGAGGCUCAGACGAUGGCACAAGAAUAAAGGCGUAGAGAUAAGAAAUAGAAGAUAUGCUGCUAUGCAGAAGAUGAUAGCUGAAAAUUCAGCAUAUUUCACAGAGACGGAGAUGAUGAAUCGAGAGCCACUGUUGUAUGAUCAAUUGAUUGGACAAUUUCUCAGUGAAGAUGAAAAGAUGACUCGUGACAACAGGGAUAGCUCAUCCCUAGUCAAUGUCCUUCUCAAUGGCAUAGAGGACAGCGAUUACAGUGAGAAAUUGGCACAGGAGAAAUAUGGUCAGGAAGAGAAUUCAUCAUCCAGUUCAGAAAAUUCAGUGCCCAAGGAGAGGACUCUUUGGGGAGAAUUUACAGAUCAUUCAGCAGCAUCAACUUCCAGAUCCAGUCAGAAACCCAUCACGAGGACUGAGAGAGAUUUGCUAAGAGAGGAAUUCAUGGGAAUUAUGUACACAAAUUUUUUGCAAGGAACAGACAAGGAUUUUGAUUAUUCGGCAGUGGAUAACAAUGCAGAUUAUGACGAUGCUAUUCGUUCACUUGAUGAAGAAGAGAAAUACUUCGAUGACGAUGAUGACACCAAUGAUUCCGCAGCCAAUGGAAUAUAUGGGCAGGAAGAGGCUUCAAGUGAAGAUGAACUGGACAUUUAUAUGGAGCACUUGAACAGACAUCAAUCUCUUCAGGAACAAUUAUAAAUUAUUUGAAAAUCUCA